AUGGCUGAUCACCUCGGUAGACAUGCGUCAACGGACGCCGCGGCACAGACGCCGUCCAGCUCCACUGGCACUCCCAACAGCCGAGGAACCAAACGGAAGGACUCGGACAUGGAGCCUGCUACCCUCAAGACCGAGUUCAGCCCGGGUCACCCUUCCACCAACCUUACACACGACAGCCCCGUCAACUAUGCCAGCGACACCGCCAAUGGCAAGGAUGCAAAUGGCACGGUCAAAUCCACUCCAGGAUCUGCUGAAAAGCCGUCGGGCAAGCGUAUCAAGACGGCGCGCGCAUGCGACUCUUGCCGUCGCAAAAAGAUCCGCUGCGAUGUCAUGGACGACGGCGGUCCGCCCAUGGGCUCGCUCAACAAUGGCAACGGCGGCCUCGUCUGUGCUCAUUGCAGGCAGUACGGUUUCGAGUGCACCUUCUUCCUUCCCAUCACAGAGACGCGUUUCAAGAAAAAGUAUCAGAGGGAGGCUGAAGAGGCGGCCGCAGCUGCAGCUGCUGUCGCCGCGGCUUCGGGCGCCAACGGCAUGAUCCCUACCCAAGCCGGCCUGCACGCAAGCGGCUACGCAGUCACUCAUCCUGCUUAUCCGGGCAUGAUGGUCACGCAGCCUUAUAUGGGUGCUCUGCACAACCCAGCCGGCUUCCAUGCCGUACAGGCCAGCCUUGCCCAGCAGCAAGGCUGGAGUGCCCGUGUCAUGUCGCAGCAGGCGCAGCAUUCGCAGCUACCCCGCGUCAACGCUGCGCAGCAGCACCAGCAGCACCAGCAAAACAGCAUCUCAGGGCAACCACCACAGCGACAAAUGUCUCUACCGGACCCUGCAACACAGCAACAACGUAGGAGUCCUUCGCACACGCCCCCUCCCGAUACCCGCGUGCUCGGCCCUACCUCCAUCGCAUACCUUGUCCACUCGACCGCUUUCAUCCCUGGUGGUGCGCUUGAGGCACACGACAUCAAGCACAACCAGACCUUCGAAGUCGGUGCCAGCGGUGAUGGAAUCAUCCGCUUCCACCGUGCCAGGAUCCCUGCUCGAAGCGGUUCGGAAGCGGACAAGGCCGCAGCGGUUGCGGCGGAUCAGGACGAGGAAGAGGUGACACGUAUACCCGAAUCCAUCAAGGGCCGCCUCGCUGGCGAUGUGGCCGAGAAGCUCGUCAACACCUACUUUGAAAAGAUCGCCACCCUCUAUCCGGUCGUCACCAAGUCCGAGUUUCUCCAUCUAUCCCCAACUCCGCCUCUGCUGCUCUAUGCCAUUUGCGGCGUGGCUGCGCUCAGUCGUGAGGUGCCCCGGGAGGUGCGAGGCGCCGUCAGGAUGACCAUCAACGCGCUUUUUAGGGAGAAUGACUUUUUGUCGUCGUCCAAUACGGUGACGGUACGGGCGCUGCUCGUCAUGGCAGCGCAUGCCGACUUGCACGGGCCGGCCGCGUUGCAGAGUGGCACGCGUUGCUGGAAUCGAACGGGCGCCGCCAUUCGCAUGGCGCAGGAUUUGGGUCUGCACCGCGAUGCCAGCGGCAAGGACGACCUUUCGCACGACGCCUUCUUCUUGGAGCAAAAGCGCAGGAUUUGGGGCUGCUGCGUUACCGCCGAUCGACUACAGAGCAUCUCGCUCGGACAUCCCAUGAUGAUCGACCUCACCGACUGCGACGUGCGGCUGCCAUCGCCAUACGAGAUCCUGCGAUCGUCCAACGACCUGCCCUCGGAUCCCACAACGGACCGUCCAUUCGCCUUCAACACCGAGAUGCUCAAGCUCACAAUCCUGUUUGGCCGCGUCAUGAAGACCAUCUACAGCCCGACCGGUCUCAUGAAUGCGACUGACGAAGAGAUCCUCAGCUUGCUCCGCGACAUUGAUGCUUGGAAGGCCGCUUUGCCAAGCGAGCUGGUCUUCAAGGGCGCCGACUCGAGCGCGCCAGCUGGCAUCCUGCACGUCGGAUUCGCGUGCCUCAUGAUGCUCUUCUUCCGAGUGUUUAUGCGCAUCUCGUACAUCUGUCCGACGCAUCUCAAGUUCAGUCUGACCAUCGAGAGAAUGAGCUCGCUGAUCCAGUAUUCGACCGAGGCGAUCGCGUUCGUCGACAAGAACGACUUCUACCUGGACACGAUGCAGAUCGUCUCAUACUGUCUGGUCUCGUGCGCCACCGUCCAGUACCAUGCCUUUGUCCGUCGUGGCGACCAAAAUGCGCUCACUCAGCUCAAGAAGGUCAACGGUAUUAUGGCUCGCUACCGCCGCGAGAACCACGAGCCCGAUGACAUCAGCAUGCGCGGCAAAGCGGCGAGCGUCAUCUCGCUGCUGUGCGACAGCGCAGUCGGCGUCUACGAGAAUACGCCCUCCGGUGGAACGCUCAACCCUACAGCGGGAGUGACGAACCGCAAGUCGCGCGAAAACGUGCGAGGCAUUGUCUUCAAACCCGAUGCUUCGCGUCCUGGAGGCGGCGUCUACGUCGCUGCGGAUCAGAGAUUGAUGUUGCAGGACUUGCCCAAGGGAACCAUCAUCAUGCAAGAGACGCAGGACGGUAGCCGCGUUCCGGCUUUGGUUCGUACGGGCACCGAAGACAACGGAGGCUGGCAGACGUACGAGCAGUAUCGCGCGGCGUUGGGCCUGUCGACAGGUAAAGAUGGUCGGGACAACUUUGCAGCUGCGCUUGCCAAUGGCGGCUUUGCUAUGCUCAACAGCGUCAAUGCUCCAGCACUGGCAUCGAGCCAGCCUUCGACGAGCGGUGCGGCUGCUGACCAAGCGCAAAUUCCUGGCUCAUCGGCAAUUGCAAGCUCGAUACCUGCAUUCACGUCGUCGACUCCCGCUACAGCUGGUGGAAGCCUGGUCGGGGAGGGGACGGGAGCAGCGGACAUUGGACUCAACCUCACCCAUCUGGGAGGCGAUGUGUACCAGGAUGCUCAAGGCCAGCCGGUCACACGCUCUGGCACGCGGCUGCUCACCAUGGUUCCGAUCGGACCGGAUGGUAGCAGCGCUGGCAACCCGUUCCUGGACUCGAACCUAUUUGCCAGCCUGAUCGAGUCUGGCAGCGGCGGCAACAGCAAUGCAUCGGGCGAAGUCAACAGCAGCGGCGGCUUCUUUAACAACAUGACCAAUCUUGGGUUUGGUGGCAGCGGUGGAGCUCAAUUGUCUGUGGCCAAGAACGCCAUCACGCCUGCCAGUCCCAACUUCAACUUCAACCCGCACCUCAACAACGCCUACUGGGCCCCGGCCGAGUUUGUCUCUGACCCGUCGAGCGGGCUGGGGUCGGGUGGUGAUGGUAUAGGUGCGGGUGGCGUCAACGGUGUGGUUCCCGGUGGAGGCAAUGCGGCGGCAUCGAGCAUGUUUGGCAGCCGUCUCGACGCCAGUAUGCUCGACGGCAUCCCUGGCGCCCCGCUCGACUUUGCCAAUUGGGAUGCAUUCUUCAGUAGAAUGCACCAGGGCGACGCUGGCUCAAUUGCGACCCAGCGACAUCAGCCGGUGGAGGAGCCGUCGCAGCAGCCAUCGCUUCACGAGUCAGGUGGAAGCGGCGCUGGGGGGGAUGGGACAGGAUUUGCUCAUACGACAUUUGGGAUUGAGGCGCAAAUGAUGGACGCUGGUCGGUUCUAG